GUUGCCCCGUUCUAGAGUACAAGGGCGGAGCUGAGACACCGAGGGCGGGAGAGGGUGGGAGCAGCGCCCGGCGCUUUCCUCUGUGCACUGCAUCGAGCGCUGCCCGGGGAGAGUCACGCGGCGCAGGGAUGGCUCUGACCCUGGAGAACUUCAUCGACGCCUUGGACCCCUCCACCCUCCCGAGAGUCCUGCAGGUCCUGUCGGGAAUUUACGUAGAAGGUUCUGUAUAUGAAAUGCAUGGACAAGAGUGUUGCCUGUCUACAGGAGAAAUCAUUAAGGUCACUGGAUUCCAAAUAACGAAAGUUAAAGUGGGGAGAUGUGAAUUAAUUGAAGGGAGCAAUUCCUCACCUGCAAUGGAGUUACCAUUGGAUUAUCCAGGUUUCUUCAAGCUUCUUGUUGAUCCAUGCCCAUAUACUAGUAUUCGUGACAUCAUGAAAACAGUGAAAAUUGGAGAUAACCGCCUCGGUCAUCCUCAUUUCAGGAGCAAUGCAGAUAUUCAGGUGAAUGACAUCUUCAUAAAAGAAGGAGAACAUAUAGUGCUGAACACUCUGGCAGAGGUGGAUGGUGUGGAUCAUGUGAACUGUACAGUUAUCAAAGGUAACAAAAGCAAACCAUUAAGAAUACCACUAUCGUACGAGGGAACAUUUUAUGAAUGUGAAGAUGACCAGUUUUAUACACUAAAAGAGAUUGUAACAUGGAAGAUCUCCAAGCACAGAAGACGAGUUGUGAAGCUUAUGAAAACAUUGGCUACCUUGGAGGAAAAUCCUUACAAUGAGUAUCUCCAAAGUGAUGUGUGCCUACUGCCUGUCUAUGAAAUACAAGCAGUGAUGAAAUUCCAAAAGGAUAUAGUACGGAUACCAUCCUACCUAGAUGUUGAGGUUAAAGAUAUAACAGAAACAUAUGACCUCAGUUCGUUUGUACAACCAUUAUCUUUAAUUGAUAUUUUUAACAGACCGAUUGAAGACUUCCCCCUGUUGGCUGAAAUAAUCGAGUGGCCUGACCACCAGCAUAUUUACAACUCACUUAAUGUAGGAAAACAAAUAGUUAUUCACAAUAGAGACUUUUCCAACACAAUAAUUGCCUCUGAGAACAGAAGUGAUUUAAAUAAAAAGCAUUUUUUAAUCCCCAAAAGCUAUAAGGGUCGAUUUAAGAGAAGACCAAGAGAGUUCCCAACUGUAUAUGACUUGGUGCUUGCCAUUAAAAACAAUGAUCCUUUGCAUGUCAUUGCAACCAAAAGCUUUGCUUCUGAAUAUGCAGAGUUUGCCAAUGUUUACUUUGGAGACCAAUUUCUUGUUCAUCAUUGCCAGAGUAUUGAAGUCAAUCGUGAAGGAGAGAAAUGUCUAAUUGAAGCAGUGGUUUGUGAAAGAAUUGUGGAAAAAGAUUAUGAACAAGUCAUUCUUCCAACAUAUAUGGCAGGGAGCUUUGUCGAAGUCAUUCAUGAUAAAAAGCAGUAUGAUAUUUCAGACAUUUGUAAUGAAUUUAGCCUUCCCUUUAAUGUUAAAGUAUCCAUAAGAGAUUUGUCAAUCAAUGACAAUUUAGCAGCCUUGCCCUCAUUACGAAUUGAAGAGCAAAUCACAGAUCCUUGCCUGCUGAUCAGUCUGUUGGACAAUCCAUCAGAAUGCUUCAAGAUUCCAGUUAAAAGAGUAAUCAUGUCCGUUCAGAUAAUGGAAGGACUAGAUCAAUAUGUUUCAUGUCCAGCACCCAAAAAUAUUGUGGAAGAGAUCAGUGAAGACUUGUAUUACAUGCUUCGGAGAUAUGAAAACUCCACUUUGCUUCCUCCACCCCGUCCUCCAAAAAAACCUCAAUCACCUAUAUCAUCGAUAGCAACCAUAAGGCUGCUUCCACCUCAGAGGAAACAGGACCCUCCUAAAUCUCCGAAGAAUUCACCAACAGGAAUGCUAAGAAACAAAGGAAAGUGUCCAAAAAUCAUCCUUGAUGCCACUGCAAGACCAGAGAAUAUUCCUCCUACCAUAAUUACGGAACUUGUGAAAGAAAGAACCGAACCCGGUGCACCCUCAACAGACACAAUGCUACUCAAUGCCACAAGCCUUGCUAUGGAUGUUGAAAACUUGGAUUUCUCUGACAAACAUGACUAUGAAUAUAUUAAUGAAAAUGAAAUUGAAGAUUUAAGAAAACAGCUAAAUGAAAAUUAACAUCUAAGCAAGGAAAAUUGCAAGAAAAAUAGAGAAAUCCAAUAAGAAGAAUUAAUUAGCAUCUGAGAGAACACGGAGGUAUCAGGUUAGGUAUAAGACAUGGAAUCUUUGCAAUAAUUUUUCCUCAAGACUUGAUUUUAAAAUAUGAUUGAUGUUUCUGUUAAACUUAGGACAUUGUAGUUACCUGGACAAAUAUUUUAAUGUAUCAUGUUAAAGAAGAUAAUGGUUUCUAUUCAAGCCGAAAAUCUGAAGGAAUCAAAUCAUUCUUCAUUGGACAAACAGAAAUGGAUACGUUUUGGUUCUGUUACUUUUUUGACUUUUGAUUUUUAUGACACUGAAAUAUUGCAAACAACUGUAAUUCAUCUAAAUAUUAGGAACAUUUUACCAAAUAAGAAUAGAUGUGUUGAAUGUUACAUUUGAGCAUUAACUUAUUGAAUUCUAUUGAGCAAAAUUGAAGUAUUUAUUUUUAUUUGCAUAAAUGUAUACAUGAUCCACAAGAACCUGCUGUGUGUUAUUGUAGCAUUUCUACUGAGUAAAUCUUUAUUUCACCAGUGCUUUCAAAUACAUGAACUGUAUUCAUAUUUUUUGUAAAUGCAACAUAAAGUAAAUCAUUUUUGUUAACAAAA